AUGAAUGCUCAUUGGAGAAGUACUCAAAGAAACAUGUUCAAGGUUUUAGCUUCUUUACUGCUGUUUCUGGCACUCUGCUGCAGAACAAGCUUGGAAGAAUCGGGCAAUCAUUGUUAUCGGGGAACGUGUAAUGGGACGAGCGGUGGUGCUUCUUCUUUUCCUUCUCCAUCCCGAGAGCCACAGCUUCUCCAACGAGACGUGGAUGCUGUAAAUGCUCUGCUUGAACUUGUGACGCCUCGGAACUUUUUGAUUUCCAUCACAGCAACCGAUUGCCCUCCAACAAAGCAUAGACCAUUCAUGAAAUGCAAUUGCGACAACAGUACGAAUAUAUGUAGGGUGACUGAAAUCAAUCUCAGUGGACUUGCUUUAAGCGGUCAACUUCCUGCGGAAAUUGGAAACCUUGAUUAUCUGGAAGAACUGUAA